AUGCCGCAGAGUCAAGACACGAGAUUUUUCGACGCAACGUAUAAGAUGCAUAUGAUAUUCAGUCUGGAUUCUGCACAUGAGGACUCGGCUUGCGCGGUUCUGUCCAUCUAUGAGGAGUGGUUCUGCACCCACCUCAAGCCCGUCACGUGGCGCGUGCAUGGGAUUUUUGUGCCGCAGGCGCUGCGGGACAAAGGCUUCUUGAAGAAGAUGAAUGAGUCGCUUAUGGACGACGAGGGGCUCGAGGAGUAUCUUGCUGUUGAUACGUUCAAGGUUGAAGAGGGCACGCGCGGAGAUUACUACCUUCUCUGA